AGCAGCAGCAGCAGUAGAAGAAGAAGUGUUGUACAACUUGCAGCAGCAGAGUCACCUGGUGAAGAUCAGAGCGGACGUUGGCGUCGAGGAUGUUGGGGCUCAGGUGCAUUGUGGGUAAUCUGCGUGGAGGAGGAAGACUCCUGAGAAGUCUUCCUCACCUACAGAAGACGUUUGUUUCCACGGCGACGUCAGAGACUCAACACGCCAGACUUCUUCAUCAUCGUCAUCGUCUUCCUGUCCUGACUCAGAGGAACUUCCUGUCUCAGGGUCCGGACGCGUCGGUGCGCUCGGCGAGGAUGAAGCUGCGGACGCGUGCGGCGGUGACGCUGCUGUUCGGCGGCGGGCUGCUGGGCGUCUGGUGGUUCGUGGACGCCGAGAAGCAGAAGCGUCGGCGGCAGCAGCGCGUGGAGCAGCUGCAGCGUGCCGCUCUGGGUCACGGGAACUUCAGCCUGCUGGACCACCACGGCCGGCGCCGGACCAAGCGGGACUUCCUGGGCAGCUGGGUGCUGCUGUACUUCGGCUUCACGCACUGUCCCGACAUUUGUCCCGACGAGCUGGACAAGCUGAGCGCCGUGGUGUCGGCGCUGGACCGCGACGCCGCGCUGCCGCCGGUGCAGCCCGUCUUCAUCACCGUGGACCCGGAGCGAGACGACGUGCCGGCGCUGGAACGCUACGUUAAAGACUUCCACCCCCGCCUGGUGGCGCUGACGGGAACGCCGGAGGAGGUGAAAGAGGCGGGGCGGGACUACAGAGUGUACGCCAGCCCCGGGCCGAAGGACGAGGACGGAGAUUACAUCGUAGAUCACACGAUCCUGAUCUACCUGGUGACUCCGGACGGGUUGUUCCUGGACUAUUACAACAGGAUGAAGAACGAGGAGCAGAUCACCGAGAGCGUCCGGAACCACAUCAACUCCUACAGACCGGCCGCCGACCAGAACUGAACCAGAACUGAACCGCUUCACUGUCGACUCGAACACUGGAAAUAUAUUUAUAUAAAUAUAUUUAUGACUCGGUUCCUCUGGAGGAAACAAACUGUGGAUGAAAUUAAACUUGUGAAUCUUUAAAGUUUUUCUUUCUUUCAUGUUUUUGAUGUUUUUGCUGAAACAGACGAUCAGAAACUACUUUGAUCAUUUGAACAAAAAAUCAGCAGAACUUUGUUUAAAAUUGAAAAUAUUUAAUUGAUCUUAUCAGUAAUGGUAAUAAACACCAGCAGAGUGAAGAUAAAUCUGUCUGUUGGUGCUGUGGAGCCAUCUAGUGGCCGAACGCUGCACUGCAACUUAAAAAUAAUAUUUAAAUCUGCUGAGAAAUGAUUUUAACUAAACAAACGUCACCAGACAGAUUUCAGUAUUUAUAUUUAUAUUUCCAAAAGGUUUAUAGACAAAAUGUUUCAU